AUGCGACCAAGAUUGUUAUCGAUCUUUAAUCCGGCUCGCGUUCCAGCGCCGUCGCAUCCUUCAGAGCCUGGAAAAUCGAAAACAGGUGUGCUCGAAUCCCUUCGAACGCCUCGUCAUCCUAAAGGAUACGAUCCACAAACAGAUAUCUCAAAGACAACGUCAGAGAAACGGACCACAUUAUCGCUCACCUUGAAACCACACGUAAAGCCGUGA